CCCCCCACCCCCCACCCGCCCAGCUCGGGUGUUUCCGCCGCCGCCGCCCGCAGCGCUUCGGACCCGCUCGGCUCUUUCCGCCGCGGCGGGCUGCCCGCCUUCGGCUCCCCGCGCGCCGGCCGCCCGCUCAGCCCUGCCCAUGUCGGACGUGCUGGCCGCCGCCGCCGGCUCCCGCUCCGAGCCCCCGGCCGCCGGGGUGGCGGGCGGCGGCCCCGCGCCCCACGUCCCCUCAGAAAAUGAAGACUCGGCCCAAAAGACAGAGUCUGCAGAUCACCUGGUUGAUUCUUUGGAGUCCAGUACUUCGCAGAGUGGGCCGCAGGUUGGGUCAUCUGUGAAUGCAGGUGUGAGAAAGGAUUUGAAGGAAGACGCUGAUGCUUCGGAGGACCAGGAAGUGGCCAAACUAGAAGAGAAGCUGCCUGACCAAAUCCAGCCCCUCAAAGAGGAAGCUCCUGUUCGGAUAACCAGCUAUCAUGUACCUCAAGGAGCAGGGGAUAUAGUCAUGAUUCAAUCAGAUCACACUGGUGCUGUGGAUAUCCUUUCAGCUGAGCUGGAGACUGCAGACCUCCUUGGGGAACAGAGGAAAGCUCAGCCUCCCCCUUUGGCUCCACCCACCAUGUGGACCACUGAGAAGACAAAGGAAUUCAAAGCCAAGAUGGGAAAGGAGAAGAAUGGUCGGAUGGUGGUGAAGCGAGGCGAGGUGGUGACAGUCCGUGUGCCAACCCAUCCUGAUGGGAAAUACAUUUGCUGGGAGUUUGCUACAGAUGACUACGACAUUGGGUUUGGAGUUUAUUUUGACUGGACCACGGUUACUAGCACUGCCAUUACUGUUCAGGUCAGCGAAUCCAGUGAUGAGGAGGAUGAAGAGGAGGAGGAGGAAAUUGAAGGACUUGCCCCUGUUGGUGAUGUGGAAAGGGGCUCCAAAAGCUAUCUGCGGAACCGCUAUGGAGAGAUCAUGCCCGUGUAUCGCAGGAACAGCCAUCGGGAGGUGCAGGCAGGCAGCCAUGAGUACCCAGGCGAGGGCAUCUACCUGCUGAAAUUUGAUAACUCGUACUCUCUCCUCCGCAAUAAGACUCUGUUCUUUCAUGUCUAUUACACUAGCUGAAGAAAAGGGAAGGGGCAGGGACGGCAGGAAGGUAAUGGUGAGUGUAGCAGGCUGCCACCCAGCCCUAAUACCGCCUGAUGGGCACUGCUGUGUGACAGAACCAAAGCACAAUUCUGCCGGCUCUUCUUCAGACACUAACUGGUUUCUCCCCACACCCUCCUUCCCCGCUGUCCCAGUGGAGAAGCGUAGCUGUGACUGCCUGGUUGUCCACAGGCAGCUGCUCUUUCUGUAAAACUUUGGGAGGUCUGCUCUGUAUGGGCAUCGGGCUGGGCCGUCAUGUCACAGCUGGUAAAUGCCCAGAGGCCAGGUUCAGGUGGUCGUGUUUUUGAUCUGGUGCGCUGAUACAAAAUGAAGUGAAAAUAUUCUUGAUCUGUUACUGUUUUGUGAUUAACUUUUCCAAUUCUCCUGCUGCAUCUGCAUCACUAGAGGGCAGCUGUCAGCUGCAAUGAGCCAAAAGCACAGCUGGCUUGUCACCUAACCACUGAUAAUCUCAUCACCUACCACCACUACGUGUCACCAGCAGCCAGUGCUUCUUUCAGCCGUGUCGGUGGGUGUGCGUGCGGCUGGCCAGCGCAGCCCGUGCUGCAGUGGCUAGGCCAUGCGCCCCAAAUGGCAGUCACAGCAUGUGUUUGAACAGGGGGUGGGGGGAGGGUGCACGCCUAGAAGUCCAUAAGAAGGUGUUCCUACAGAUUCAGAAUUGGAUUUUAUAUCUGCUGACUGCAGGAAUAUGUAGAUGAUUAAAACCUCGGUGACCACCAGAACUUUUUUCUGUAAUCCAGAUGAGAAGCAGAAGAAAUCACUGCUGCACUGAAUAAGCAGAAAAAGGUUGGAAUACAACCAAUAAAUAUACAGGAAAUAUUUCGUAGUAGCAGCAUGGUGGUUCACUGGUGUUGCUGCCAGCUGGGUAAUACCAUAUGUAGCAAGGAAAAGGCUCCCCAGAGAAGUGUAGCUUGUCAGCUGCUGUUGUUAGAAAAGAACACCUCUGCUUGGGAACUCGAAAGGUGUGGGAUUUAAUCAAUUCUUUCUGUGAACCAGAAUCAGCAAGGCCAUUGCUAACCCUGACCACAUGGUAAAGGAUGCACUUCCUUGGCAUGUUUUGGUGGCUAUUUGAUGGCAUCAGUAAUCACCUUCUGCUCAAGUGCCAGCAGAGUUGAACAAGGAUUAAGUUAAUCCUUCAGAGAUUAAUUAUAAAACAUGUUUAUCUGUAACUGUUGUUUAUUUUAAUACUUCUAACUUCAAGUCAUUCUCUUUUCUAAGAAUACUGCUGUAUUUACAUUUUGAUACCUCUUUGCAGAGACAGAAUGGCUGUUUGCAUGGUGAUUCUAGUAGAGUUCUGAGUUUUAUUUUUAAAUCCUCCAGGUAAAGCACCUCUACUCGGUCCAUUCCUUCCAUUGAGAAGGAAUGAUGAACAAAAUUAUUUUGGGGUAGUUAAAGCCAAAGAUUUCACUCUCAUAGGAGGGCUGCAUAUUUUCUAUUAAAGGUAUAUAGUAAUGCCAUGCAACUUGCUCCAUAUUCAAGCUGCUCUUUUAACUAUCUCUGCUUGCUUGCUCACUGUCCCAGAGCACUUAGUAGGCCAAAACAGUAAGGGAGCAAGCAGCCAGUCUACAGUAGAGCAGCCUGAGCUGGGAGCAGGACAAGUGGAAAUGCAAAGAACACUGGUUGGGAGCACUGGCUUUCUGGGUGAGCGGGGAGGGAGCAGAGUCGGUCAGGGUAAGGAGCGGAGUUGCUGCUUUGAGCCCUGAGAUCAGGAGAAAACAGCUGCCUUUCUCGAGAGAGUGAGCACACAUGGACCGGGCAGGGGGGAAACUACAAAGCUGCCUUAUUCAAGCAGGGCAACCACAGGACAGCCUUGCAGGGAGACAGAACAGUAGGGCUUGGUAUCUGUCAGAGUAAGAAUUUCUUUCAUUUAGCAGUUUGGGGAGGAUUAUUCCUUCCUUUAGUCUUUCUUGGGAGAGAUGGAGUACUGUCCUGUGGCCUUUGUACAACACUCGAAUCAGGCCUGAGCAACUUGGGCAAGGUGCUCUCCUUUUUCCCCCAUCCUUUGUCUAUCAAGUUCAUAGACACUAAAUGGAAGAAGGUAGAAAAGACACUUCAGUCUGACUGCAACGUCAGCAUUGCCCCACUCUAUGACUGCAUUUGGUCUUUUGCUGUGAGAUCUGCAGAACCCUAUGUGCCCUUGCUGGUUAAUGUGUGAUACGCUAUCUGGCACCUACUCCACUUUCUAAUUAGGUUUUAUUUAUGAUGAAGGGAACUUUGACCUGUAUAUACAUUAGAUAUUCCAGAACUAUUGAUCCUCAGUUGCACAGCUUAUUGCAGGCUAGUGGAUUAUCUCCACUAAGAAAAUGUUUCCCUUAUAGUGGCCUCCCUAUUGCUAACUCGCAGCUCCAUCCCACUUCUGUCUGUUGCUCGUAUUAGGGUUUGAAAUACAUUUGUUUUUUCAUGUUGUAAGAAGUUAAUAAGGCCUGCCUCACAACCAAUUUUGAUUACUCACUGACACAUAAAUAGUAUGCACCAGUUUUCAAGCCACUGGUUAACGUAAGUGGUACUGUAGGUGGUAGUCCUAUUGCUCAGUUCUAGCUUUCUGAAGUGUGGACCAACCUUUAACAAGGCUCAGGUCAUCUGUUUGGAACUGUGCCUGUCUCCUAGUCUCAUUGACCUAAGCGCAACAGCAGCAUUAAAAUGGUAUGUCAUACCAAGGGGCACGUGCCUGGUCUCCAAAUGCAGUGUGCCCAUCGAUGAGCCUGCUGCAGUAGAACUGAAAGCGUUUGGUGUGUGUUACUUCACUGUAUAAGUUUCCCAAAAGUAGUGUCUCUUAUGAACGCAAGGUAGUUUUAGGCACAGAAUAUUUUAUCUGCAGGAAACAGAAGCUUCACAGUUGUACAGGAUAAUUUAUCUUCUUGUUUAUUUUUUUUAAUAUCCACAUUACAUCAGUAUGUUGUUUCUCAGGUAUUCAGAUAACAUUCAUUAUCUAAGUGACAACUUCCUUUGGAAGGAUAUAUAGUCUUUAUUAAUUUUCUGAUAAAUCCAGUAGCUCAGUUGUGUGGCUAGUGAUUAACAGCAGCCAUACCCAUUCAAAAUCAAACCCACAGCUGGUCCAAAGAAGUAAUCUUAUUUCUUGUGUGUCCUUUCUUUCAGUUUGGUGUGUCUCCUGGAUUUGUAUCCAAUCCUGCUAUCUGGCCGAGGCAGCAAUAGAAACCCUUCUUAUUUUAAUUGGAAACCUUUGGAACUAGACCUUGGUUCUAGAAAGAAACUUCAGAGAGAGAAAUUAAUCCUCAAGAAAGUAAAAUUUCUUUGUUGUUUCUGUGGAAGGAAGAUUUCAGAUAGGGUUUUUUAAAUGUGUUUCUUCUCUCUGUAAGUUGUGUCUAGAGAUUCAAAAAGCUAAAUCAAGGAAGAAGCUUAUUUUGCAUUUUGAGUUUGCUUUUGUGAAAGCACAAAAUUGUUUUCAAUUUUGUUUGAAUAUAAUUUAGAUCUAGAAAUAAGAUUUACAUGUUCAGCCAGAGGUAUAAGACAGUUCUGUAGUGCAGGACUUGCAUAAAAAUUAGCUUGUGUAAUUCUUUAUUUAUAAUAAUGAUAACAAUCUGUUGGGCAGAGGUUUUUUAUGUCAAAGAAGGUCAUAAGCUUUCCAUAAGUUCCCCCACCCUUUUAGGCGUAAUGUAGCAGCAGGAGUUUAAAAUGUUUGUGUUUUACAGAGGACAGUUAAAAUUGUUGAAAUCAGGGACCACUCGUACUGAUUUAGUUUACUCACAAACUCUUUGGAGGCCUGUAAUAUGGAUUCUUGUGAAAGGUUAUUGGUGUCAGACACAGGUGAGUUGCAAAUUAAUGCUUGGGACCCAUUUAAUAGUUACGCAGAUUAUUGGUAAUGAGCCAUUUACACGAACGGGUUAGAAGAAAAUGCCUGAGAGUAAAAGCUUAGUUGUCUGACUUCAGGUGCUGAGAAGAAAGUGGAGUUACUAUGCAACUGAGUCUAAAAGGCAGCCACAUGCCCUUCCUUUUGGCUCUACCCUGCGCGCUUGUCUCCUUGUAACUGUGUGUGCAUGUAUCCUUCACCUAUGGCCUGCAGUGGGUCAGUUACUGUGGUGCUGGACCUGGUGAGGUGGGUUAGAGGUGAACCUUGUCUAGUUGCUGAAAGGCUUAUUCUUGUGGGGAAUUAGGGUAGAGAAUGAAUCCCUAAAUGAGUUCACUUUUAUCCCCACUGCCUGUACCCUUCCUUGUCUUACUACCCCUACUAAAGCCACUCUAUAUAGACUAUUUAUCACAAGGUGCCUUAGGAACAAGGAGCAUGUCUGAAAUAAGAGCCAUAGAUGUCAUUAAUCCAAGGGAUUCCUCCUUGUUUCUCUGCCCAUUUGGGUAGAGGGGAGGCAGUUCCUAAUGUUAGGCAAGGAGAAGCCCCUGUAGGCUGUUACUGGAAAUUCAAGCUGUUUGUUAGACUGCCUUGUUGCUGUAAGAUGAAUAGUGGAAUAGUGUUUUGAGUUUCCUGGUGCCAUAAGAUCUUUUUGCCUUUUAAAAUCAUAUGCUGCUGUCAGAUAUCAAGGAGGGGACUAUUUUUGGCAUGCUGAUGCUAAACUUGAGGACCAGAGGAACACUAGGUAGGCACAGAAGAGCACUCCAUUCAUAAUUUUCUCUAAAAAGAGUAUCUGAAUCCCGCAUUGUGAGUGGUGUGCACUCACGUGUAUGGAGGCUGGAUAAGAGACCAGAUAAGAGAAGUGGUGUUUGGUGGGGUUUUUUUGUAAGAGAAGUUUUUUUUUUGUCUACAAGUCUAAAAGAAGACGACUUUCUCCUUUUCUCAUAUCUGGGAAAAUAUUGGAUGUGACGGUGUCAUGUAGAUGGUUGAGAAUAUCUCAACUGGUAUAAUGAAAAACUGGGAACCGAUUAGGUUAAAUACAUUGGCUAAUUAGACUGUGAAAGAGGCCAGGAGUUUAGCAGGAGUCGAAGUGCAAAGUCAUUUAUCUAAAUAAGUUGAUUUGCAGUAAAUACCAACUAAAUAAAGUUUUAGAAAGUACAUAUUAAAAUACAUUUUGCUAGGAGGAGAAUUUUCUGCUCAUGUUCCACAUUUGCCUCCAAAGGGUCUCUGGCAACUUAGUCUGAAACACUGGUACUGUUGCAGCUGAAGACACAUCAGGCUGGGUGGACGGUGGGUGUGACUCCCCUUGGCUUUUCUGUAUUCUGUUCUGGAUUUUAUGUAUUGCUUUCUCAGAAGCAUCAUAGAAGAAAUGUACCCUUUAUCAGGCAGGGAGAGAGGAGGAAUUUUGUGAUCCAUCUGUGAGGGUUAUCUGGUUUAAGCCCAUCUGGACUGGUGAGUCAAGUCCCUUAGGCAAGAAGCUGGAUAUUAACCAUGAAUCAGAAUCAUUUAGGUUGGAAAAGACCUUUGAGGUCAUCAAGUCCGACUGUUAACCCCAGACUGCCAAGUCUGCCACUAAACCAUGUCCCUAAGCACCCCGCAUUACACAUUUUUUAAAUGCCUCCAGGGAUGGUGAUUCCACCACCCCCCUGGGCAGCCUGUUCCAGUGACUAACCACCCUUGAGUGAAGAAAGCUCAGCGAAGCUCAGAGCUAUGGAGGCUUUGCCAAGUAAUGACCUUGAAGUUUCAGAGCUGCGUUUGGAAAUUAUAAAUAGCUGGAGAUGAUCUCCCUGCAACCUCCAGGAGGCCCUGGAGACUGUCUGCUCUCAGAGGGAAGUCUGCUCUCAACUCACCGCUCCAGCUGCUAGCAUAGUCUUUCAAUGGGGAGCAUCUUGUAGCUGGUACCUAUAUUCUUGUGAACUGUGGUUGGUGGUUGUCUGUCAGUCCUUAUCUAGGUGAUGUGAAUAUCUUUGAUGUCCUGUGAUUUCAAAAUAGAGUUGUCGGUGCCAACCGUUUGCCUUUCACGUCCUCCCAAGAUACGAGUUUUAAAUGGAGGAGAGGAUAUUUUAACAGAAUGUGGCACUGAACCUCUUGCCGAAGGGCACGUAUGAGGACUGCAUUUAUAGUGUGCUUGCAUUCCUUCUAUGCUUGGUUUGUAUUGUUUAUAUUUGAUGUGUUGUGGCUGGUUUGUAAUAGUAUAUUGGAACUUACUCCCUUUAAAUAAACUUUUCACUAUGCAA